AUGCAUCAUAUUUAUUUGGAAGAGAAUGCAAAACCAGUAAGGCAGCCACAAAGAAGGCUAAAUCCCCUUAUGCAAGAUGUAGUCAUAAAUGAGGUAUUGAAGCUUUUAAAUGCAGGUAUUAUUUAUCCUAUCUCUGACAGUAGUUGGGAUGCAGAAUUCAUAUGGACUAAAGCAUGCCAAGAAGCUUUCAAGAGGCUAAAGUUACUCCUCACUACUACACCAAUUGUGAGAUCUCCCAAUUGGUCUCUCCCAUUUGAGUUGAUGUGUGAUGCUAGUGACUAUGUAGUGGGAGCCGUACUAGGUCAAAGGGAGGAUGGAAAACCAUAUGUGGUGUACUAUGCUAAAUUUAACAUUCAAAUCAAGGAUAAGCAACGGGUAGAGAAUGUGGUUGCUGAUCAUCUUUCCCGAGUUAAAGUAGAGUCACGUUUCGAGGAAGCACAAAUUAAUGAUGAGUUUCCUGAUGAUGCACUUUGUGCAGUAGAGAAGUUGCCUUGGUUUGCAAAUAUAGUCAAUUACUUGGCAACCGGAGAGCUUCCAUCAGAAUGGAACAUGGAAACAAAGAAGUAUUUUCUUUCGCAGGCAAAACACUAUGCUUGGGAUGAUCCAUAUUUGUAUAAGUUUUGCCCAGAUCAAAUUAUGCGGAGAUGUGUUCCAGAGGAUGAACAACAAGACAUAUUGCGAAUGUGCCAUGAAGGAGCUUAUGGAGUGGAUUAUGUCUCUAAAUGGGUAGAAGCAGUGGCAUGCAAGAGCAAUGAUCACAAAGUGGUGCUCAAAUUUUUAAAGGAGAAUAUUUUCUCUAGGUUUGGCAUUCCGAGAGCAGUCAUUAGUGAUGGAGGUUCACACUUUUGUAAUAAGACAUUUUCCACUCUUUUGCAGAAAUAUGGAGUGAGGCAUAAAGUGUCCACCCCAUAUUACCCUCAAACGAAUGGGCAAGCUGAGCUAGCAAAUCGGGAAAUUAAGAGAAUCCUCACCAAAGCAGUCAAUACUACAAGAAAAGAUUGGUCUACCAAGUUGAGUGAUGCAGCCUAUAAGACUGUCCUUGGCAUGUCACCAUACCGGAUUGUUUAUGUUAAAGCAUGUCAUUUGCCUGUAGAACUCGAACAUCGUGCAUAUUGGGCUAUAAAGAAGAUGAACUUUGAUUCGGAUCAAGCUGGAGCUAAAAGGAAAUAUGAUCUAAAUGAACUUGAGGCAUAUUGA